AUGGAGAACUACCACCAGUUCAGCAACCACCACCUCGUCAAUGGCGACGGGCAUUUGCCACCGGGGUUCCGGUUCCACCCCACCGACGAGGAGCUCAUCACGUACUACCUGCUUAAGAAGGUCCUGGACAGCAGCUUCACCGGGCGAGCCAUCGCCGAGGUCGACCUCAACAAAUGCGAGCCCUGGGAGCUUCCCGAGAAGGCGAAGAUGGGGGAGAAGGAGUGGUACUUCUUCAGCCUGCGGGACCGGAAGUACCCGACGGGGCUCCGCACGAACCGGGCGACGGAGGCGGGGUACUGGAAAGCAACGGGGAAGGACCGUGAGAUCUACAGCGGCAAGACGGGGUCGCUGGUGGGUAUGAAGAAGACCCUCGUCUUCUACCGGGGACGAGCCCCUAAGGGUGAGAAGAGCAACUGGGUCAUGCACGAGUUCCGCCUCGACGGCAAGUUCGCCUACCCCUUCCUCUCCCGCUCCUCCAAGGAUGAGUGGGUGAUCUCCCGCGUUUUCCAGAAGUCCAGCAACGGCUGCGGCGCAGCCGCCCCUUGUGGUGGCAAGAAGACCCGCAUGGCCCACAUGAACCUGUACCCGGAAAUCGGUUCACCCUCGGUGUCUCUCCCACCACUGCUCGACUCCUCUCCUUACACCUCAACCACCGCGGGGUUCAUCGACCGCGUCCCCAUCUCUUACGACAGCUCAAUCCCUAAGGAGCACGUGUCCUGUUUCUCCACGGCCGCUGCCGCCUCGUCGGCAACCCACAAUUUCGGCAGCAACCCUAGUUUCCAACUGGCUCCUCCCACGGCCCCCCUGAUCAAUGCAACUGACCCGAUGACCCGAUUCUCCAGGAGCAUCGGCGUCUCGGCUUUUCCGAGCCUGAGGUCCUUGCAGGAGAAUCUCCAGCUGCCUUACUUCUUCUCCGGUAACCAGCAUCUGAGUGGUGGAAUUAAUGAUUUGGUCAGCUCGACUUCGAGCUCUCUGGGGAACUGGACGGCUCCGGAUGAUCAGAAGGCGGUGGACCUCGGUGGCCGAAUGGGAAUGGGCUCGUCGGAGCUUGACUGCAUGUGGAACUUCUGA